AUACUGAUAAUGUAAAGAAAAAAAGCAAAGUUCUUUCUGAAAUGAAGAAAAGUAAAAAAUUAAAAGUUAAUUCUGAUACUGGUAUUAAAAAGCCGAAAGCAAUUAUUACAGAAGACAUUACUUGUGUAGAGAGUGAUACUGAUUUCAAAGAUUUAUCAAGGGAGCAUAUACAACAGUGUAUUUCAGCUAUUUUUCAUCUAACAGAAGAACAAUUAAAAGAUACAAAUGUAUUAUUUUCUGAUGGGUAUAAACCAAUAUUUAUGCAGAUUACUUGUAUCAGAGUACCACAAGUACCAAGAAGACAAGUAAGAAUCUUAUUACCAAAUUCUUUAGCAUCAUUGGAAGAUGAUAUCGCCCUAAUUGUAUGUGAUCUGGAAAAAGGUAGAAGAAAGGAUUACGAACCAACGGUAAAUCAUUAUAAAGAGUUACUUGAAAAAUGUGGAUGUACAAUAAUCAAAGACAUUAUACCCAUUAACCAAAUUAAGACUGAAUAUGAUCAAUAUGAAUUAAAAAGAAAACUUGUCGAAAGCUACGAUCACUUUUUAGUAGAUGGAAGAAUUUCUGGACAUGUAUCGCAUUUAUUAGGAAAAAUAUUUUAUAAUAAACGUAAAGUUCCAACUUCCAUCAAAAUGGAUAAGAAAGAUUUAAAAAGUGAAAUUGAAUAUGCAUUAAGAAAAACAAACAUGCGAUUACAUUCUUUAGCUGAUACUCAUAUUAUACAAGUGGCAAAUACUUCUAUGGAGAAGAAAAACAUUUUAGAUAAUGUUAUUGCUGUUUGUAAUCAAUUGAAUAAUGUUUAUCCUGGUGGUUGGUCAAAUAUUCGUGCCAUUCGAUUAAAAACUCCUGUUGGUCCAGGAUUUCCUAUAUAUAUGACAUUAAGAAAUAAAAAUAUUGUUUCUAUUCCUGUUGUUAAACCUAAAAGACCAAAAGCAUAUUGUAAUGUUGAGGGUGAACUUACGACUUUAUCUAGCAAUGCCAAAGUCGUAGUUACUCCUGAGGGUGAUGUUAUAGUCAAGAAAACAUCUUCAAAGAAAUUGGGGAAUAAAAAAAGAAAAAGUAAAGAACAUAAAGAAAAUGAAAAAGAAGAAGAAAGUAAA